AUGGCUAAUUCCCCAACUUUAUACAUUAUUCCCAUCAUAUUUGCCUCAGUCUUCGUCUUCCUUGUCUUGAUAUCAAUACUGAUUAGAAUUUUCUGUUCAAGAUACCGAGGAUCUGGUGGCGGUGUGCCAAACAUCGAGGGUCAGAAUCAUGGGAUGGUUGAAAUUGAAGGCCUUGAUGAUGGUCCAGAUGAUAUAGGUGGUGAUCAUCGCCAGUCGGACACCAGAUAUGACGGCACAGGAGGUGGUGAUCAUGGCCAUUGGGACCAUGGAGGUCACGGCACUGGAGGUGGUGAUCAUGGUCAUUGGCACCAUGGAGAUCAUGGUGCCGGAGGUGGCUAUCAUGGUCAUUGGCACCAUGGAGAUCAUGGAGCCGGAGGUGGGUUUACCGGCGGCAGUGGAAUAAGUUGUGACACAGGAGGAGGAGGAGGAGGAGGAGGAGGAGGGGGGUUUUCGGGUGUCAGUGGAGGUGUUAUUUGA